CAAUUCAAAACCUAAAUAAAAUAAUACAUUGAGGCCCAGAAAUCGGCAUCUAAAUGGGCCCAAGCCUAAGAGUCGAACGAGAAAGCAUCGUCCGUGGAGGUGGAAGGUUCGACUUCAACUGAGACAACUGCGCUCUUCUAUGCCGCCGAAAAUCUAAGAAAGGAUCUCACAUUUGGGUUUCUCCCCUCAGUUUCACCUGAAAUCGGAAAUGGCGUUUCUUUUCAAGAAAUUUCAACAGGCUGUUGGAGUUCUUGCAAAGAGCCCCACAUUUGCUAAGAAUCCAAGGCAACUGCAAUUUGAAGCUGACAUGAACAUGCUGUUUAUGUAUACUAGCUAUAAUCGCUUGGGAAGGAAUGCUGAGGAAGCUGAUGCAGAAGAGAUCAUUGAGAUGGCUGGUCAAGCCUCUAUAUCCGAGCAACAAAAGCAAGUUCAGGAGAACAUCCACUACCAAAUUGAAAACUUCUGCUCUUUGAUGGAUGAAAUUCUUCUUCCUGAUGUUGACAAGGAUAAGGAACAGAUGGAGACAGGGUCGCAAAUGACAAGCCCUCCUCGAAAGAGUGGCCUUAGUUUUGCUGUUGGCAGGAGUGACAACACUCCAGCCGUUGGCAAGCCUGUUGUUCCGGAGACAAAGCCAUUGAAACUCGCUGAAGUCUCGCAGAGGUUAAAGGAUCUAAUGGGCUACAGCCUUCAGAUUAAACCAUCCCAAAUUCCUCACAAAGAUGCGGGUCAAGGGUGUUUCAUCGAGGGUGAAGCAGAUGCCGGUUCUGUGAUAGCCUUCUACCCCGGUGUGAUUUACUCCCCUGCUUAUUACAGGUACAUUCCCGGGUACCCAAGGGUUGAUGCUCACAACUCAUACCUGAUCACAAGGUAUGACGGGAUUGUAAUAAACGCUCAGCCUUGGGGCUAUGGAGGAGAGUCGCGGGAAGUUUGGGAUGGGUCCACUCCCACCAUGCCAGAGACCAUAGCAGGUGCAAACACAGAAGAAAAAGGUUCAGACAGAAUGUGGAAGCUGCUGAGUAAACCGCUUGAAGCUUCGGGAAAUGUCAAGGAGGUUCUAGAGAGGAGAAACCCGUUGGCUUUGGGUCAUUACACCAACCAUCCGGCAAAAGACAUGACCCCGAACGUGAUGAUAUGCCCUUACGAUUUCCCCUUGACAGAGAACAAGAUGAGACCUUACAUUCCAAACAUAUCUUUCGGGAACAGAGGGGAAGCAAAGAUGAGGAGAUUCGGCAGCUUCUGGUUUCGAACCGGUGGUUUUGGGUCGGAUACAAUGGUUCUGAAGGGUCUUGUUCUGGUGGCCACAAGGGCUUUACAGAACGAGGAACUGCUGCUGAACUACAGGCUGAGCAAUUCUAAGAGACGACCAGAGUGGUAUACUCCUGUUGAUGAAGAGGAGGACAGGCGGAGAUGGAGCUAAGCUUCUUGAGUUUUUCUCUCGUUUUUUUUUAUGAGACUUUACUGUGUUUGGCAGUAGAACACUUGUUCUCUCUCGGCUACAAGUCCUUGAAAGUUUCUUACAGGAUUUGAGCUUUAAACCGAAAGCUUACCAGAUUUUAAUUGCAUUAACUGUAAUUUAUUUUCGAGAAAUUACGCCAAUUGGUAACAAAAAACAGGGAGAAUGUAAUGGUUCUGUUUUGUGUUUACAAACACUGAUUUGAUGGGUUUGAAUAUUCAGCGCU